AGUUUUGUUGCUGACUUCGUGCACGUUACUUCGCUGGGUCGGAGUAUCUCGGUGCUGCUCUGUAGGAACAGUGCAAAGAUUGGGUUCAUUUACUAUUUUCCCAAAACUAAUGACCUUCAGUUGAUAUUAAAACACUAAAGGAACCGGUGGACGCGCUCGUCUCCUGCUGUUGAGCAUUUCUGUACAGUAAGAUGGAUUCGUCACAUUCACAUCACCAUGUCGAGGAGACAACCAUGCCGUCUCCUGCCUCAGACGAUCAUGGGGGUCAUUUAACGACCUCUGGCAAUGGCCACGGAGAUCACAUGAUGAUGAUGCAAAUGACCUUCUACUUCGGCUACAAAAAUGUGGAGCUGCUUUUUGCUGGGCUGGUCAUCAACACACCAGGAGAGAUGGCCGGCGCAUGCAUUGGCGUGUUCUUGUUGGCUGUGUUGUACGAGGGCCUAAAGAUCGGCCGGGAGGUCCUGUUGAGAAGGAAUCAGGUGAACGUGCGCUACAACUCCAUGCCCGUACCAGGAUCUGAUGGCACCGUACUCAUGGAGACACACAAAACAGUCGGCCAGCGAAUGCUUAGUAUGGCCCACUUCUUACAGACGCUUCUUCACAUCAUCCAAGUGGUGGUCAGUUACUUCCUCAUGCUGGUGUUCAUGACGUACAACGGUUACCUGUGCAUCGCGGUGGCGGCGGGAGCAGGCCUCGGCUAUUUUCUGUUCAGCUGGAAGAAGGCAGUAGUGGUGGAUAUUACAGAACACUGUCAUUAACCUCUCGUGUAUAACCUCAAAAAGAAAAAAAUUGCCCACUGUACAAUCCCAGCAUGCAACACAACAAGUGUAAAGCACCAUAUGAUUUCAUUCAUCUUGGUAAAUAUUGGCCAAGUAGCAUUUUAAAGAUUUAUUUUGAUUUGUUUACACAAAUUAGCACCAUAUCUCAUUUCCUGACAGCUCUGUUUUGGUUAUUUAAUUUUGGAAAAUAUGAGUGAGGAAGUUUUGUUUAAUGUUAAUGGUGUAGUUGUGUAUAUUAAGCAAAGCUAAAAAAGAACUUUACAUUGCUUAGCGGCACAAAUUAAUAUGAAACAUUUGUAAACAUUUUUUACCUCUUGCGACCAAUCAUGACAAAUCAGUGUGGAAUUUCACCAAAUUUUUGCAGCCAAACUCGAGUCAUUUUAAUAGGAAUCCGCAUAACCGGUAAUAAGGUUUCCAAAUUAACUGAUUCGAAGAUAACUAAUCUUAAAAUCGUCAUAAUUUAAAUAUCAUUUAUUACCAUUUACUAAAUUUUCCGGCCAUUGUCAAUUUUGCACAAAUACAAAAGAUUUCUCUAUUUCAUUAUCGCAACGAUUUACGAGGCUUCCAAAUUUACUGAUAACUAAAUUAUCAUGACAUUCGUAAAAAUUAAAAAGCUUAAAUUUGAAAAAAGACAUCAGAUUUAUCACUAUUCAUUGAAUUUUUACUGACAAACUCUAGCCGUUUUGACUCUAGUAGUCGUUUGCACAAAUGCAAAAGUUCCUUUUGGAACUCACUAAAUAUGAUACAACUUACAGCAUUUUUGACCUCUUGCGACCAGUCAUGAAGAAAAACACUCAAAAUUUCACCAAAUUUUUGCAACCAAACUCUAGUCAUUUUAAUAGGAAUCCACGCAACCGCUAAUAUCGCAAGUGCACUAUUAUUGCACCAGUUGACAAGGUUCUCCAAAUUAACUGAUUAGAUGGUAAUUGGAUUUGCGUGAAAUUCCAACUCAUUUAUUACUAUUCACCAAAUUUUCACACCAUCAUCAGUUUUGCACAAAUGUGAAAGAUUUCUCUACACAUUUAUCACAAAGAUUUACGAAGGUUUCCAAUUUUCACUGACAAACCUGUUUUAAUGUAGGCGAUCAGCAUUUUGUGCAAAUGUGAAAGAUUUUCCCACACCUUUCUGUAACAGUUUCCAAAAUGCAAAAGAAAGUAGAAUAUUAUUCCCAUAAACUUUCCCUGUCUUAAAAAUUUCAAUCCAAUACAUGUGAAAGAUUUUUACUAAAUUUUCGCAGACAAACUAAUGGGAAUCCACAAAAUUUCGUAAAGUACUAAUGACUUCCCUUAAUAUUUAUCGCAACGGUUUACAAAGUUUCCUCGCAAACUAUUAAGUUUAUUGGAGUCAUGUUAAAUUCCCAAUUUUGAAAAUUUACAAAUUUGCAAAUAUUGGGAAGAGCGAAUUUUCAAAGGUGAAAUUUUACAAUCUUUUGCAAUCAAUUUUGGGCAAAUACGGUUACGUUUUUUGUUACAUUUUCCUGUUGCAAAUUGGCCAAUAGAAAGUAGACUGAAUUCUUGUAACUUUCCCAGUCUUAAAAAUUUUCAGUCUAAUUAAUUUAAGAAAGAUUUCACUUAAUUUUCGCAGACAAAUUCCUUUUCAUCGGAAUCCAGACACUUUUGUAAAAUUCUAAUGAUUUCCCUUAACAUUUAUUGUGACAAUUUACAAGUAAAGUUUAUUGAACACCUGUGUAAUUCCCAAUUUUAAAAAUUUAAUUGCAAAUAUUAAAAACAGUGACUUCACUGAAUUUGCAAUUACAAACUCUAGUUAUAUUAAUGUUCACAAUCACCAAUUUUGAGCGAAUGCGCUUACGUUUUUGUAAAAUGUUCAAGUUGCACAUGGGCAGAUAGAACAUAGAUUGGAUUUCUUUAACUUUCCCAGUCUUGAAAAUUUAAAUCCAAUACAUUUUUGACAUAUUUACAUUGCUAACUGAAUUUUUUGCGAACAUUUUAAUUUUUUCGUAACUCUAAUUUUUAUGAAUUUGUCUGGCAAUUUGGUAAAAAGAACAAACAAGCUGCGCAUCCUUCAUCUCUACACAUCAGCCUGCACAAUUUAAAACAUUAAGAUCAUAACCGUCACCUUAUCAGUCUACCUCCAGAUGGUACCGAGUCCCGAGUGACCCUGUUCACUAUAAACACAUCUGUUCUACACAUCUCAUGGAUUAUUAUGUUUAUGAAGGUGCUUUUGGGUGCAACAGAGCCUUACUAAACCCCUUUGCCUUAAACAAGGGUACUGACACCCAGGAGGCCGACUCUGUAAACUCUAAAAGCCAAACUGGAUCUGCUGGACCCAGUAAACAAGCACUAGCGGCGGUGGGAAGGUGUUUAAUACUUUUUUUUUUUUUUUUUGAGGUUGUUAUGGCCAAGUGUUUCAAAUCAGUGAAACGACAGUUAAUAAUCAGUGACCAUUGUUUAGACUUAAACACUGGACUGAAUGAUGUUUGCACAAGAAAGAGAGGUUUUGGGACUCUGUGUUUGCAGAGUUUGAAGUCGAACUUUGCUCCCUUUGGAGUGAUUUUAAAUAAAUAUUGGGGGGGAGAUUGGAGAAAAAUAAAUUAUAUCUGAUGCCAGUGUCACCGAUUUCUUUUUAUAAUUUAUAUUUGUAACACUCUAGUAUGACUGUGUGUGAUAUCAAUGUGUUCUGGCAAUCUUUAUGUAGAUCCUUUUACGUUAUGACAUCUUUUAAAUGACAAAAUGUGGCGCGUUUGCGAUGUCGGGUAAAUCAUGAGCCCUUUGGAACAUUAAGGUCAUCACUCUGAUUGUUACUGGGUAGCAGAAUGUGAAUUUUAUGUUCAAUAUAUGCCCCUUUGUUUGGGUGCGCCUUUUACAUUCAGGACCCAAUUAAAGUGCCCAAAGAGUGUCUGAAUUGCUUGUGAAAACAAAAGCCGAGGCUUUCUUACGGAGAAAAUCACAUAUUUUAAACCAGUAAACAUGUGGGUUUUAGUAGAAAGCCUAUUUAAAAUACCUUUCCUUUAUAUUUUAGUUACAAGCAGAACAAAGAAAUGUGUGUAAUCUCAGAGGUAAAUAUUCACAUCAUGUUGUUUUUGUAGCAGGUGCCACUCUGUAGAACUGUAUUUGAGGAUCGGUUCUCCGUUACGAGGCUUAUUCGUACUGCAGAUUGCUUUCGAUAUCAGAAGAUGUUUGUGCUGUUUAAUGUGUAGGGAAAAAACUGCUAGCCCUUGCGUGGAAGGACUGAACCUCAUGUCCAGUGUUGUGGCCGUGUUAACAUUUCUUAGUCUGUUUACAGUUCACCGUCUGUAAUGUCCGACAUGUAAACCGUACUGUAAUCGUUAAAGAAAAUGAUGAAUAAAUGUUAUGAUUUCAGCGAUA